GCUGUGUCUAAUUUCAUAUUAACAUGAGUGAAGCCUGAGGUUUGUGGACUACAGCGACUACUGCUGUUUGGGAAUUAUGGUGUCCCUGUAGUUGAACAUGUCUCCAGAAACUAAACUGAGCAGUCAGUCAACCCGUAGUUAUGAAUCUUUUUCUGCCUCGUCUCUGCUGACUGGCGGCUCGUCGUCAGGUCCAAUUAUCUCUGACUUCAAUGAAAACUAUGCUGUUGCAGAUCUCAACGGUUACUCCAAAGACGUCCCAUCCGAACAACUGGGCUCCACUGGACCCAGUGUGACCGACAAGGACGGCGCCAGUCAGAACAGGCUCAUCUCUGUGUAUUCUGCCGCCAUCAUUUUUGCCUUUGCAGUGACCAUUGCUUUGAUCCUCCACAUUUACCUGGGGGCAAGCAUGGUUCCUGAUGAUGGCGUGCUGGUGUCGGACCACGAGCGCUGCACCGGACUCGGCCGCGGAGUCCUUCGCGACGGUGGGUCGAGUGUGGACGCGGCCGUCGCUGCUGUCCUGUGCCUGGGUGUUGUCCACCCUCACGCCUCAGGGGUCGGUGGCGGUGGGGUGAUGAUGGUUCACGACAUCCGUAGGAAUCAAACCAAGGUGCUGAACUUCCUGGGAACCGCACCUAAAGCGCUUACUGAGGAGAUGCUGCACGGCGUUUCAGAGCUGAAGGAAGGCUUGCAGGUAGGAGUGCCCGCUAUGCUCAGAGGCCUGCACCGCGCUCACCGCCUCUACGGAAGGCUGAAGUGGGAGGAUGUGGUCGCCAGAGCGGCUGCUGUGGCCCGAGAAGGCUUCAGUGUCUCCUCCAGUCUAGCUGAGGCCAUAUCAAAGGUGAAAGGUCAGAGGCUGUCGCCACAUUUCAGGGACCUGUUCCUCCCGGGCGGCCGAGCGCUGCGCUCUGGUUCGCUUCACCGAAUGCCAGCGCUGGCCGGAGUCCUGGAGGCUGGAGUGUCAGGCUUCUACAAUGGCAACGUGUCACAAGAGAUAGUGGACGAGGUGCAAUCAAACGGAGGGGUCCUGACGAGAGAGGACCUCAGUGACUACACUGUAGAAGUAGAUCAACCGCUUGAAGGCCUUUUUAACGAUUUUAUAAUUCAGGUUCCUCCUUCAUCCACUGGUGCGGCGCUGAUAUCGGCCAUUAGCCUUUUACAUCUCAUCGGGAACAAUACCACAACCAAUAUAACGCACCAGUGGAUUCUUGAGGCCACCGGAGCAGCUUUGGCUGAGAGCAAUGGUUUGGAGGAGCCUAAGUAUAACUCUUCAGUGACUAAGCAGCUCUCUGACAUUCUGAGUAAGAGUCCCGCUGCCGCUCCACCCACGCGCCACUCCUCCCCUGUCAACCGUUCCCAGUCAGUCUUACUGGGUGGACAAGUCAUCGUCAUGGGACCAGAUGACCUAAUGGUGUCUGUGGCGAGUUCAUUGAGCGGGCCGUUUGGGAGCAGACUCGUAACUCGCUCCGGCGUUCUUCUCAACAGCCUCAUCCUCGACUUCUCCUGGCCAAACAGAGCCUCGGGGCUACGAAUCAAUCAGAGUCACAGAAUAGAGUCAGGAAAGGGGCCGCUGAGCCCUCUUAUGCCCACCAUUGUGCUGCCAGCCUGGAAUAAAUGCGGGCUCUACAUGGCACUGAGCAGUUCAGGCAGAGCAGGGAGUUUCACUGUGAUCACUCAGCUGUUGAUCGAUGCACAAAACGAGACCAAUUGUGUGUUUUCUGGGACACGACUCCACCCUCAGGCAGACGCGUGUCUUGUUGUCCAGAGCGCGCAGGAUUUGCAUGAAAAAACACAAACAAGUGAAAAAUCUGACGUCCGCGGGAUCCUGAGGAACAAGGAUUUCAUAAAGCCACUGGACAUACCUGUUAUCCGAUGAUCCUUUCUAGCUCUACUCAAGUUCAAUAUCGGACACGUGUUGUUGCGGUGACCCACCAACAGGGGGCAGGCCUUCUACAUGUAUUUCCUAACCCAGAAGGCAAAAUGGUCUGUUUGUGUAUAGGAAUAUACUCAACUUGUGUGCACAUGAGGUUAAUGUAUUGGAUGGUAAGGUUUGCUGGCUUCAAAAAUAAACCUGGCCACUCAGCAUAUUCACGCGGAGGAAUGAGCUCUGUUACAUAAUGCUGAUGUGCAGACAUGCAUG